UCAGUUCCUUCAGCGACGGCACAGCUGUUCACUUUUAAAGCUCAUAGCAAAAUACCAUUCCCCAAAGCGGCCAGGAUUUUCUCACUGCCAAACCAGCUUCACUACCUCUACCCUCUCACGUCUCAUAGACGACCGGACGGAGAAUAUACCACUUCUCUCACAGGCCGGUGACAAAAUGAGCGCUCUUGAGGACGACGGCUCAAAUGUCGCUGCUCAUAUCGCCGUAGAGGACAAGCUCGCAGACGGAAAGAAGAAGCAAAGAGGUGGUCGAGGAGGCGGCGGCGGCGGCCAGAGCAGAGAGGUGCUGGUGUCCAAGGCUCUGUCGAGGCUAUUGAGGCAUCAGGCUGCGAAUGCCGGCAUCCAGCUCGAUGCAGAGGGAUUUGCGGCACUUGACGAGGUGAUGAAAUGGGGUCCUCUCCGGUCUCUCAACGUCACCUUUGCCGAAAUCAAAGACGUCGUCGCAUCCAACGAAAAGCAGCGCUUCACCCUGAAACUUAAUCCCUCCAUCUCCGUCGAGUCAGCACAGGACAGCACCACGCCCUCCCACUACCUCAUCCGCGCCAACCAAGGCCACUCCAUCAAGAUUGAAUCCUCCGCCCACCUCGAGCCCAUCACCCUCGAGGCGGGCAACGUGCCCCCCAAGGUCGUCCACGGGACGUACUUUGCCUUUUGGCCAGCCAUUGAAGAGUCUGGAGGGCUCAAGGUCAUGGGGCGGAAUCACAUCCACUGCUCGACGGGCACGCCUGAGGAGGGCGCCGUGAGCGGGAUGAGGAAGGAUGCUGAGUUGAUUGUUGAGAUUGAUGUCGAGAAGAGCUUGCGGGAGGGGAUCCAGUGGUGGAGGAGCGACAAUGGGGUGUUGCUGACGGAGGGUGGAGAGGGGGGUGUUUUGAGCACGCGGUUCUUCAAGAAGGUUACGGCGCGGAAGAUUGAUGUCGGUGUGCUUUGGGAGGAUGGGGAGAGGUUGGCGGGCCUUCCUGAGGGGAUCAAGGCCAGGAUUCCAUCGGGCAAGGGGCCUAGGGGAGGUGGGAGGAGAGGUGGAAGAGGUGGUGGAAGAGGACGGGGGAGAGAGUGAAGGCCAAGAGGAGGGAUAUAUGAGCGACCAGGAGCGUAACUCUUGCGU